AUAUCUCUACUGUUAACCACAUAUCCGGACAUUAUAGUUGUUUCACGGAUAAAAACCAUUUCCAAAAGAGUACCCGAACGGGUAUCUGCGGGUAUCUAUGGGUAUCUGCAGAUUUCUGCAGGUAUCCGUGGGUAUCCGCAA